CAAUGGACGGCCUCAGCAAGGUGUCUGGUUACUCCCAGUCAGCCCACGCGAGCUGGGCUAAAGGAGGGGUUACUCUGCUUCUAAGCAGUAAUGGUGACUGGGCUGCGCUUGAGGAGAGCCCAGUACUGCUUAGUGAGCAUCAAGCACGACUUUUUAGCAAUUUAAGGAUAACAGUUUUUUAAUUUUUGUUUUUUUAACCGCAAAACUCUGGAUACACUGACUUCAGUGUAGUGGAUUUUAAGUGUGGGGACCUGUUACCUACCUUGCCUUGCCUGCCUGCCUCGCCGUGAAUUCAACCCAAGAUGUUGCUUUGUGGAUGGGAUGGCCUCUUGUCCCGUCUGUGUGCGAACUCGUAGCCUUGUCGGAGAACAAAUAUAUCAAUUUAAAGUUGUUUUGUAGCCCUUCUCGCCUGGGAAGAUGCAUGUGUCUCUGGCAGAGGCGUUGGAGGUUCGAGGAGGUCCGCUCCAGGAGGAGGAGGUGUGGGCCGUGCUCAGCCAGAGUGCUGAGAGCCUCCAAGAACUCUUUCACAAAGACCCUACAGCCAUGGGCUUCAUCAUCUCCCCCUGGUCCCUCCUGCUCAUGCCCUCUGGCAACAUCUCCUUCGCAGACGAGUAUGUCACCCAGCAGGACCUGAGGGCCUUCACAGCUCCAGAGGUUCUGGGAGGAGUCUCCCUGUCUGUCUGUGACAUAGAGAAGAUGCACAUGUUCUCUCUGGGGAUGACCUUGUUCUGGGGAGCAGACUAUGAGAUCCCCCAAAGUCAGCCGAUGAAGCUGGGGGAGCACCUGAACAGCCUGCUUCUCAACAUGUGUGAUGAUGUUACAUUGAGUCGAAUGUCGCUGCGCACGGUGCUGGACAUCUGCAGCAAACACGUUCGAAACUCCACUGGUGACCCUCCCUUCUCCUAUAUCAGGAAACUGGUUCGGUUGGUGCUGGGCAGCCUUUCCCAGCUGGACGGUCUGCUGACUGAUAGAGAGUCUCUUCCGGAGCGGAGUAAGGAGAUUCGGGAGCGUCUGAGGGGUAAAGGUUUGCCCUCGGGCAGGAGUGCCGCCCCCAGAGUUCUUGAGCGCUACCGUGCCCGAACUCAGGAGCAGACAUCUCUUAACCGGGGCCUCAGCCGCUCCAUGGGCUCCCUACCCAUCCAGGAACUGUUAAAAGGGGAUGACGGGGCCGCCCUACAGUAUUCCCUACCCAACUCUGACUCUCCCACAGACCUUUACUCCAGACCCCCUUCACUACAGCACCAGCUAUCUUACCCCUACCUCCACCCCCUCCACCCCCAGCAGAAGGGCCGGCCUGUGGAACUGGAUCGGAGGUCUCUACCCUUCCACGGCGGGGACCUGGUCCCCAGUCAGGCCAGGAAGAACUGGGCCUCCUCUGUGGACUUGGCUUACAUUGACCCAGAAGCUCUUCGGUUCGGGGCUUUGGAGGAUGCGCGGAGGGGCAGCAGCGCUAUAAGCACCCACUCCAUGGGCAGGCGCAAAUCGCCCUUGUCGUCUGCCCGGGAGAGGGACGGUCGCUACUCUGAGUUUGCUGGACUGAAGAGCAGGAAGCCUCAUCACCACUCAGCGCUGUCUGUAGGCUCAGGCCUCCCUGGAGCUUACGACAGGAUUAAAGAGAAACAGAGGAAACUUCAGAUGCUCAGACAGGCAGUAGAUGACCCUGUCCACACUCACCAGAGGUACCACAGUGACUACAGCUCAUCUAGCGAAAGCCCGUCAGUGACCUCCUCUGAUCCAGACUACAGACACGCUAAGAAACCAGGUGAUGUGAGGAGAUUUGGCUCCCAGCUGGCACUUUCCUCUGAACACGACGCCUUGUCAUUGACGAGUCACAACGCACACAGGCUCAGGCAGUAUGAGGUAGCAGCUGAUGAAGGUCUCAUCGGGGCCGAGCUGCUCCUCCAGAAGCAGGAGGAGGAUAUGCUGCGGCUCCAGGCCCACCUGGCCAACAGGCUGUCCAGAGCUAACCUCUACCCCGCAGAUGACCCCCUUGCCCCACCUCGUACUUCCCUCCUCGACCUCCGGGACCCCAUCUAUACCUCCUCUGUACCACUCCGCAAACCUAAGAAUUUCCAUGGGCCUGAGUUUGUGAAGAUGGCCAGUGAGCCCCCUGUCGCCUUAUGUGUCCCCUCAUCAAUAAUGAAACGUGGGAAGGUGGAGGAGGUGCAGAGGAAGGUGGGCGUGGUGCUCCUGAACAGCCAAAAGCUGGAGCUGAGCUGUGAUAUCAAGGCGGUGUGUAAAGACGUUCUCGAUAUGGUGGUCGCCCACAUCGGGCUUGUGGAGCACCAUCUCUUCAGCCUGGCGUACCUCAAAGAUAAUGAGUUCUUCUUUGUUGAAACUGAUGCCAAACUCACCAAAGUGGCUCCAGAGGGAUGGAAGGAGGAUCCUAAGAAGAAGAAAUUGGAUGUGCCUUUUAAUCUUUUCUUACGCAUUAAAUUCUUCCUGGAUGAUGUCAACCUCAUACAGCAUGCCAUGACCAAACAUCAGUACUACCUACAGCUAAGGAAGGACAUAUUGGAGGAAAGGACGCGCUGUGACACACAAAAUGCCAUGCUGCUUGCUUCGCUGGCACUGCAAGCUGAAUUCAGCAACUACCAACCUGAGCUCCAUGGGAAGACUUACUUCAGAGUGGAGCACUACCUGCCAGCAUCAGUCCUGGAUAAGGUGAACCAGACAACCAUUAAAGAGGAGCUGCCCAAACUUCACAGCAACUAUUACGGAGCAUCUGACACAGAGGCAGAGUUUGAGUUUCUCAAGGUGAGCCAGAGGCUGCCAGAGUACGGUGUCCACUUCCACCGGGUGCUUCCUGAGAAGAGGUCCCAGACAGGCAUAAUGCUGGGUGUCUUCUCCAAGGGGGUGCUCAUCUUUGAAGUCCUUAACGGAAAUCGAACCGCUGUGCUAAGGUUCCCUUGGAGGGAGACUAAAAAGAUUUCCUUUGCGAAGAAGAAGAUCUGCCUUCAGAACUCAUCAGAUGGGAUCAAGCACCAGUUUCAGACGGACAGCAACAAGACGUGUCAGUAUCUGCUGCAGCUCUGCUCUGAUCAGCACAAGUUCCACCUGCAGAUGAAGGCACGCCAAAACAACCAGGAGCUGCAGGAGCUAGAGAACAGCCCAUUGAGCAGCUUGCAGUAUUCCAUUGACCCUCACAGUGCAGAUUCAGUAGGCAGGACACUGAGCUCUGGCAGCCUGGGCCCCAGCUUAUCUACCCGCUCCGACCCAGACCACCUGAAGAGGAUCUCCUACUCAGAAGUGGCCCUCAACAAAGCCCCAUCAGGGCCGAUAUUCCUCCAAGAUGAGUUUCACUUUCCAGGUUUCAAUCCAGCCGUCUCCUCCGCUCUUUCUGACCCCCGGCCGAUGAGCCGCUCACACCACAACCUCGCACACAUGCCGGAGUCUCUGGAGCGCCGAUCGGCUGAUUCCUACCAAAGCCAGUCGCACGUCAGGAUGAGUCAGCCACCGCCAAACCAAAUGACCUCUCUGUUGCAGCAGCAGAGAGUCGGUUUGGAUGCGGACUCACUCUCAAAACAACAGGACAAAUCGUUCGGUGCAGUGCCUCACAGCAGUCCAGGCUGGAGUCACAACAUGUCCAAAAGAGAAUCUGACUCCUCCUCCAUUGAGGACACUGGCCAAGCUUAUGUAGUGGGUGUCAGUAUGCACAGUUCGUCUGGAACGCCUUCAACCCCAGCCUCAGUCAACGAUUCCCUCAUUAAGAAGCUCAGCGCCUUACCGUCUCCAGAGAGAGAGAUCACAACUGUGCACCUGAAGAAAGAUGUGAAAUACGGCCUGGGGUUCCAGGUUGUUGGAGGGGAGAAUUCCGGUCGAGUGGAUCUUGGCACCAUCAUUAGCUCCAUCACUCCUGGGGGUCCUGCUGACGUCAAUGGCUGCCUCAAACCUGGUGACCGGCUGAUCUCAGUGAAUGAUGUGAACCUCUAUGGGCUGCCUCAUGCUGCCACAGUUGAUAUUCUCCAAAAUGCUCCCGAUGAAGUGAAUCUGGUGGUGUCCCAGCCUAAAGAGAGGCUCUACAAAGAAUCCCCUUCUGGCUAUCCCCCCUACCAAGCCAACUCUGCUUUGAAGGCCCUUAACGCCCCACAGAGGCGAGAACCUGACUUCGAUAGCUCUUCAGAAGAGAAGGCGGGAACAGCAAGCCCCAUCCCUCCUCUCCAAAGUGCUGGCUCACCGCCAUCGACUUCCUCCCCAGUCCACCAGCUCAUCCUCCUCAAUUCACAGGAUCCCGGCCCCAGGAUGAGCAGUGUUGCUAAAACCAGCAAACCUCCUGUUAUCGAUGUUCAACAGUGCCUUGAGAGAGCUAAAGCUGCUCCUACUGCUGCAGCUAUUGUCCAACAUCACAGACCAGAAGCUAACAACGCAGGUUUGGAGCCGACACCCCCGGCUCUGCCGCCCAAAACUAGAAAACCUAAACUGUCCGAAGCUCCGAAAGUUUCCGAGCAUUCGGACUGGGGGGAUUCAGACAUGGAUGAGGAGACUUAUUCCAGUCAGGAGAAACUCAGUGUGAAAAAGGAAUACAUCAUGGAAAAUUUAAACGGUAAUGCCCCAGGGGUCAAUAGUCUCCGUCCAGGUGAACUAUUUGACGUUGAGCUGUCCAAAAAAGACAGCAGCCUGGGCAUAAGUGUCACGGUACUGUUCGGCAAGGGGGGAGUCAACACGACGGUUCGACAUGGAGGCAUCUACGUCAAAGCCAUCAUCCCAAAAGGCGCUGCUGAGCUAGAUGGAAGGAUACAGAAAGGUGAUCGUGUGGUGGCUGUGAAUGGAAAAAGUCUGGAUGGAGCCACUCAUCAGCAAGCAGUAGAGGCUCUUAGGGACACUGGGCAGACGGUGCACUUGUUACUGGAGAAAGGCCAUCCGCCUGCAGACAGUAUCCACGCUCCCCUCACACCUCAGCGCACUCCGCCAAGCUCCGGCAGCGAGCGAGACUCGACGCAGAACACUGAGCAGCACCGUGGGGUCAAAGAGAGACCGGAGUACAGCUUUCUUACAGAAGAUAACGUGUUUGACGUGUGCCUGCUGAAGAACACAUCAGGACUUGGGUUCAGUUUCAGUCGGGAGGAGAAUGUCCCAGAUGAGCCGCAUGGUACCAGCAUGGUCCGGGUUAAAAAGCUCUUUCCUGGUCAACCAGCUGCAGAGAGCGGUCGCAUCAAAGUGGGUGACGUCAUAAUGCGGGUCAAUCAGACUCCCCUGAAAGGACUUUCACAACAUGAGGUGAUCUCAGCCUUGCGAGGAACAGGACAGGAGGUGACUUUGCUCCUCUGCAGACCUGAAAAUGGGGUUCUACCUGAAAUGGACACUUCAGCUUUGACGCCGAUGCCAUCUCCUCGGAAGGAGCUGCAGCCCCAGGCAGAGCCCAGCAUGAGCCCCGACAGAGCCGCCUCUCCUUCAGACUCAGAGGGUAAGCUAAUCCAUGGCUCCGUGGAGGACGCCCUGGAGAGGCUGCGGCUCAAAACCCCUGGCCGGCACAACAGCUACAGCGACAGCACAGAGGGGGACGAGGAGGUGGAAGAAGCCUUCAGCCCAAGCAAUGUGGAGCAGAGCAAGCAAAUGUGGGAGCGGAGCGUCUACCACACCCCCAGCAGCAACCUGGGACUGGGGCGCUACGACAGUACCGGUCAGCUGGAUGACAGCACCCAAUCUGCUUUCUACUCCCCAAACUUGUCGAUGACCAGAUCUGACCUCAGCCGGAGAGCCCCUUCAUCCCCCUUGAUGACUGAUCUUGAAUCAUCUCCUCAGCCUAUGGUCUCCUCCCCUAUUGCCCCAAGCCCAGACCCCCUCCCUCCUCCACUGCCUCUGCCGCUAAAUCUAACAGUGUCCGGCAAUGGACAGGACAUGGAGGAAUUUGUGCCGGACGUAGAGCUCAAAGUCUCUUUGGUAAAGUCAGAAAAGGGCAGCCUGGGCUUCACCCUGACCAAAGGAAAUGAUCAUGGGUGCUACAUCCACGACAUUGUCCAGGAUCCCGCCAAGGGAGAUGGAAGACUCAGGCCCGGGGACCGAAUGAUUAUGGUAAACAACACAGAUGUUAGCAAUAUGGGCCACACCGAGGUGGUCAAUUUGGUGCGUGCGGCCCCUCGUGUGGUUGACCUGGUUGUAGGAAGGGUCCUGGAGCCUCCAAAGCCCCCCAUAGAUGCACACCUCCUGCCUGACAUUUGCUUUAAGGGCAGUGAAGAACCACUGGGUUUGGUGUUGGAUGGAGGCAGCGACAGUGUUUACAAUGUCUUAUUUGUGAAAGACGUCCUGCCGGGAUCACUGGCCUCUGAGGAGGGCAGCCUGAGACCUCUUGAUCUAAUUCAUUACAUCAACGGUGCUCCCACCCAGGACCUAACCCUCAGCGAGAGCACCAGACUGUUAGAGCUCUCCCUUGAUGACCUCACUCUGAAGGCCACCAGGGAUGGAAGGCCAGUGUUUUCUGGGCAGAAAAGUGUCUCAUUUCUCAACAACAACAUAAGCCCCAACGUUUCAUCCAGCAUUAAUGGGUUUCUUAUAGGAGAAGAUUCAAGAGACACAGAGGGUCUUGCAGCCCUUUGUCCUAUAGAGGAGGAUAUCAUAACUCUUGAUCUGGAGAAGCCGCACGCAGGAGGUCUGGGUUUCUCUGUGAUUGGAGGUGAAAGGGGAAUAUUCGUCAAGUCCAUCACACCGGGAGGCAUAGCGGAGUUCACGGGCAAACUGCAAGUGGGAGACAGGCUGCUGAAAGUGAAUGACGAUCUAAUGACAGGCGUAUCCCACACCAAAGCCGUCACUACCAUCCGGAAAGCUAAAGGCCUGGUACACCUCGUGGUAUCCAGACCGCCAGACCAGAAGCCCAGCACAUAUCUGGCAUACCUUCCUAUCAACUCUGACGAGUGCAAUGGAAACACAGAUCUUAGUGACGACAGUGGAGCAAACACAACGCUCAUAGCUCCCGGGAGUGAGCGGAAAUCUAUCAGCUUCCCUCCAAUACCACCAAUAGACUAUGAAGAUGAUCCACUCGAGCAUAAAAGAGUGUCGGAGCGCAGUGCAGAGCUUUCAGAGGACACUGACUGUGAUGGCUCUUCUUUACCUGAUGACUCCCCUGAGAGUUCCCGGAAAGUUGAAUGGCAAGAGGAGAGUGUUGACGAUCCAAGGAGCGAAAACUAUUUGCAGAUGAGUGCUGGACAGCCAGAUGAUGAUGAAAUCACAUGGGGGAGUGAUGAAAUGCCGAUUAAGAAUAUAAACUCCAAAUUAAGAGAUGAUGGGCCAAUCAUCACGGAGGACGAGCUGACGUCUUUGCCCCUCGUCAAAGUUGUCCCUGACGGUCAGUACACAGGGCUGAAGCUCAACACUGUGGUCCGUAUGAUGAGGGGACUUCUGGAGCAGAAAGUCCCGCUGCAGGAGUUUGAAAAUCUACAGAACCUCCAGCCGCUGGAUGACUGUUUGAUUGGUCAGACGAAGGAGAACAAGAAGAAGAAUCGCUACAAGAAUAUCGUCCCCUUUGACACAACUCGAGUCAUGCUGGGAAAAGACGGGGGCUACAUCAAUGCCAACUUCAUCAAGAUGCCUGUGAAGGACGAGAGCUACAUGUACAUCGCCUGUCAGGGCCCCUUACCCACCACUCUGGGGGACUUUUGGCAGAUGGUUUGGGAGCAGAAGUCUAACGUGAUCGCCAUGAUGACGCAGGAAGUAGAGGGAGGGAAAGUGAAGUGUCAGCGGUACUGGCCGGACACGCCAAGGACCGCAGAGAUGGUGGACGACAGGCUGCAGAUCACACUGAUCAAAGACCAAUAUCUGGACAACUUUGUCAUCCGACUCAUCGAGGUCAAAGAUGUCCAGACCAAUGAAAUCCAGUAUGUGACUCAUUUGAACUAUACGGGAUGGCCAGACCAUGGGACACCCUCACAACCAGAGCAGCUGCUCACAUUUAUCUCCUAUAUGAGGCACGUUCAUCGAUCAGGGCCCAUAAUCACACACUGUAGUGCAGGCAUCGGUCGAUCAGGGACCCUCAUCUGUAUAGACGUGGCUCUGGGUCUCAUCAGUAAAGAUGCUGAUUUUGAUAUUUCAGAUGUCGUACGGAACAUGAGGCUUCAGAGACAGGGAAUGGUCCAAACAGAGGACCAAUAUAUUUUCUGCUAUCAAGUGAUCCUCUAUGUCCUCAGAUGUCUCCAGGCAGAAGAAACCAUCUCAGGAUAGCGGACACCACAUACUGUUGUCGUAUACAUGCUGGGUGACUGUUUCACAGGAACAAAACAAAAAUGGAGGAGAGCUCACACAGGCAAACAUUGCCAAAUUACACUACAAUUUUUUUUUUAAAUGCCUUAAAAUAUACAAUUCCUUGAGAGUAAACUCUUUUAAAGAAGUCUAUAUUUUUAUGUUUGCUUUUUAAGUUCUCUCUCUUUGGCUGCUACUCCCUUUCAAUGCAUUUAUGAGAACUGCUGAUUGUAUUUCUUACCAUCAUCCCCAGGAGAACACACAUGGUUUCCCCCCCACCCCACAAGAUUCUUGGAUAUUUUAAAAAUAAGUAUGAAAGUGAUCAAUGAGUUCAUAUUUUAUGUGGAACAAAAUUGUACUUGUGUAUUUUGAAUCCUAUUUUGAUGCUGGAACAUGCCUUGACAGAAUACUAUGUCAGUAUUUGCUUUGUAAAUCUAUUAUACAGUAAUUGCUUACUGCCUGAGGUAAAUGAUGAAAUUAAAAGUGUACAUAUUCAUCUCCUGAAGAUUAAACUGGAUACAUUUUAAA